CAAUUUUGCAGCUGAUUUCGGGUUUCUGGCUGAAAGUAGUGCGUUUCUCUAAAAGUGUGUGCUUAAAAAAACUCGUGAGAAACAUCAUUUAAUUAGUGCGUGAUCAGGAACAGUGGAAAAUUGUGAAAAUCAAACGGGACUGCAAGCGCGUGGUGUUUUGGUGAGUCGGUGCCGCCGCUCGUGUUGCCGCUGGACUUCGGAAGCUUCCCAACUGCACAUCGGGUGAAAAAAGGCACUCUGAAUAGCCUUGAUAGGCGUGAUAAGGAGUAAAUUCGUGGACCCCUUGUGCUCAUCAUAUAAUUGACAUUUGGACGAAGUGGAGGCUCAUACGCACACACGCUCACUCGGAUGCUAGCUGCGGUGCGUUAGCUGGGCACACGACUGGCCGACAGACAGCCGGACAGACAGCAAUCCCGGUGACCUUCGUCAAUUUAGUGGCGGAAGUUUUCCUCCACUGUGACGGUGAACAUUCAGCCAGAGCCAGAACCGAAUCGAACCAAGCGAUUGUCCUACCUUGGACGGAUACGCAACAGCAGCAACCGCCAUGGUAACGAGUGUUGAAGGAAACACACCAACGGAACCGUUGACUGGAGGAACUGAGAUGGAGCAGCACUCGCUUGCAACACCGAUAGCCACGGACGCAGACACGGCAACUGGCACCGGCACCGCGAACAAUCGCAAGCUCACGGGGUUUGAGUUUUACGAAAAAAUCCUCGGUUCACCCCGGUACGUGGUAGCACCGAUGGUGGAUGCGAGUGAGCUCGCCUGGCGGCUGCUAAGCCGCCGCCACGGUGCCCAACUCUGCUACUCGCCCAUGUUCCACAGCAGUUGCUUCUCGAAGGAUCCCAAGUAUCGGAAGGAUUCGCUGCAAACCUGCCCGGAAGAUCGGCCGCUCAUUAUUCAGUUCUGCGGCAACGAUCCGAAGGUGAUGCUGCAGGCGGCGCUGCUGGCACAGGAUCACUGCGAUGCGAUCGAUAUCAACCUUGGCUGCCCACAGGCCAUCGCCAAACGGGGUCACUACGGUGCCUUCCUGCAGGACGAAUGGGAGCUGCUGCGUGAGAUAGUGAGCACGUUGCACCGCCAUCUAGCGAUUCCGGUGACCUGCAAGAUACGCAUCUUCGAGGACAUGUCGAAAACGAUCCGGUACGCGCGGAUGCUGCAGGAUGCCGGCGCCCAGCUGUUGACCGUACACGGGCGAACCCGUGAGCAGAAGGGACCGCUGACCGGCCUGGCCGACUGGAAGUACGUGACGGUGCUCCGGAAGCAACUGAGCGUGCCAUUGUUUUCCAACGGCAAUAUCAUGUCCGUGCACGAUGUCGAACGUUGUAUCGCCGAAACCGGUGUGAACGGUGUGAUGACGGCGGAGGGCAACCUGUACAAUCCGGCCCUCUUCGACGGCAUCAAUCCGGUAUCGUGGGAGAUGGCAAACGAGUACCUGGACCUGGUUGAACAGUAUCCGGCACCGAUCUCGUACAUCCGCGGCCACAUGUUCAAAAUGUUUCAUCAUCUGAUGCAUCUGAAAUCGAAUACGGCGCUGCGAGAAGAGUUGGCCGUGUGCCGUUCGGUCGCCGAGUUCCGCGCCGUGGUUGCCGAGCUGCAGAAAAGGUACCAACCGUACCAUGAUGGUCUUCUAAAAUGGACCGGCGAGGAAGAAGAGCAACCCCCACAACAGUCCGAAGACGCUGUUGACGAUGAACCGGCACAGGAAGAACCAUCAUCACAACCAGAUUACAAUCUUCGGCUACCGCCGUGGCUCUGCCAACCGUACAUACGCAUACCGCCGGAAGCGCACCGACAGAAGCUGGCCGAGGCUCGCCGGCUGGCCGAGGAUCCGACACGUGAGAAACGCCAGUUCUUUGAUGUCCACGGGAACGAAAUUUCACGCAAACGUAUGAAGAAAAUGCGUCGUGUGCAACGUCGCCCAAAGAACCGGAACCGGAACGCGCACAAAAAAGAUGCCCAACCAAGGGUGAACGAGGGCGAGGAGAACGCCGACGAGGAAGACGAUCAGCCGGAGGACAACGAAGCGGAAGAGGGGCAGGGUGACAAUCAGGUCCGGUUGAAGAUAUCGAUUGCGGAAAUGAACGGCAGACGCCGGCGGAGUUUCGAUGAGCUGUGCAAGAACGUUACCACCUGCACCAAUCCGAUGGGUCUCAAGUGUGAGCAUCGGUUGUGCAAAACGUGCUGCAGAUCAAAGUGUUACCGAGAGGAUCUCGAUUGUCCUGGCCACAAGAUUCGGAUCAAGUCGCGCCGUGAUAAAGCAAAGGCACUAACCUUAGCCGAACAGCAGCAGCAACAACUGUCCAGUGAGAAUGGUUACGGUACACAGCCAACGGAGCAACACGCGCAGGAUGUUGCCGUUGUUAACAUGACGGACAAAGCGGAAGCUCUCAGUUGAUCCUGUAAAUUUGUACGAUCAAUGGUUUCCAUGGUUUUAGUCAAGUAAUCGUUGCCAUGAACUGUACAUUUUCUACGCCGGGUAAUACCUAUACCAAGAAAUUUUCGAAACCAUGGCAACGAGCUAACGGACUAAACAUCUGCGAUUAAAUACAUGGCAGCAUCGAAUAUGGGUGUACAAGUUUUUU